CAUGUUCAUUAAUUAUGAUUUCAACGAUGAAAAGUGGCAACUAUUUUUGUAUUUAAAAAUGGAAAUAACAUUGAUAUUCUAGUACAAUGAAAUAACAACAAAUAAAUAUUAAUUUGUCUAGUGACUGUCAUGAUAAGUUUGAUUGGCGCCAUUUUUGAUUUCAGCCGAUACCGUGAUCGAAUUUUAUGUUUCAUCGCAUUUUAAGGGAAGCCAUACCAUCUAAAUAUAGGAAGCAUGGUGAAAAGGAAGUCUGAACCCCUAGAAUCGAAACUUGGGACAGAGAACCUUGAUGUAUCAUCAAAUGAGGCUGACGCCAAUGCAACUGCCGAGUCAGCAGAAGUGACAUAUGCCUCAUCACAUUUUGAAUGCAAUGAAGUCGGUACAACUGAUGCUCCUGUUGUUGAGGAUGGACAAAGACCACAACACAACGAAGCUGAAACUGGACAAAAAAGAAACAAAGUAGAUAAGGAUGGCUUUACUACACCCCUUAGUCCUGUUCCUCGGUCUAACCAGCGGGAUUAUAUCGUUAGUGGUGCUGCUGUGCGGGCGAAGACAGAAAAUACACGACUGUUUAAAGACGAUGACAACAACCUCGAAAAUGGAAAGUCUAAAGCCAACAUGCUGUCCGUGGCUGAUAUCAUAAAGGAAUGUGAAGAACAGACAAAAUUAUCCAGUAUCUCUUCAACUCCUAUUUUAAGCGAGAGCGAAAGUUUUGAACUAUUUUGUCCAACUCGUCUUGAUCAGAUUUUGUCCGAUGCCCUUGCGUUGGAAGCCAGCCUAAAACAACAGAAGGAAGUUCUACGCCAACGUCUCAGCGUUCUAUCAAGUACGCUCAAGAUUAUUUAAAACACCAUGGUUUGAGGAUGUUUGAAACAACACAAACUAUUAAGGAUGGAGAACAUUCGAGCACAAAAACGUAUAUGCCAAAGAUUGAAAAUUAAAAAUGCAGUCGCAUAUUAGUAGAUGGAAGGCAUCUUAUCAGAUCAGCGGAUUCAUAUUUCGAGUGACAAAGCAAGACUAAAAUUACACAAUGAGACAAUGUAUACACCUGGGGUGUGAUCAUGUAUGCACCUGGGGUGUGACCAUGUAUACGCCUGGGGUGUGACCAUGUAUGCACCUGGGGUGUGACCAUGUAUACACCUGGGGUGUGAU